GGCUGCUCACUGAUGCCACUAGCACCACAUGGGUGAAAGUAAACGUUUCAUCUGUGAUUGAGAAACGCCGACUUGGCUCAUUAAUAAAGCGAUUAAUCGCCGGCUUUGAUUUAGGAGAGUCCUGGCCGGAGGCAGCAGCUCCGGCUUCAUUUGAACGGGAACCAGAGGCGUCAGUGUCGUUCAUGCCGCUGAACGUAGAGAUCCCCGUCCUCCGGGGCUUUUUAACAGCCAGCGAGGCACCGGAAUGGAAGCAGAAUAUUUGCAGUACUGCAGAGGCGAGCUCUCUGCUGGAGUCCUUGAUGGAGGGGGACUUUGAGGCUGUUUUGCUGAGCCCCCAAGUGCUUGAUCUGCUCAGUGGAGAUGGCAGCUGCGAGGACGGCGAGGACAUUGAGGCUUACCUGGAGAGACGGGUCCUGCUGUACCUGAUGGGUGACACCAAUGAUGACCAGACCAACAGGGAGCUGGCUGUGAUGGCCCUGGCUGUUUCUUGCCUCCACAUGUUUGCCCAGAGUAACUGGACUGGUCCUCCGGUCUCCAUCCAUAUCUCUGACCUGCUGCCCCCGGCCCUGCUCUCCUCUCAGCAGCAGACCCUGGUUGAGGAGAUCCACUCCAGCCUGCUCCUGGAUGGGGAGUCUGUGUACAGCCUGGUGGCCAACCCCUUCCUGCUCCUGCUGGCCAGGGUGAUUCUCACCAAGUGCUCCUCCAAGAUGAGCAGCCUCCAGCUGCUGCCCUGGUGGAUCCUGCGCUACGUCAGCCUGCACCAGCAAAUCCUGGAGGCCUGUUCUCUGCAGCUCCUCAACUUGGCCCACAGCAGCAUGGACAAAGUGCUGAAAUGCCAGUCUCUGAUGUCGGAGCAGAGAAACCUGGCUAUCCAAUUCCACCUGGAGUGUGUCCACACCAUGCUGACCUACUAUGAGUACCAGCCAGCCAAGGAACAUAUCCAGAAGGCGCAGGAGCUGUCAGGGCUGGAUAUCAACAUGACUGGUGCUCUUGGCAAACGGACCCGUUUCCAGCAUAAGUUCUUGGCUCAGCUCAUCCUUGAGGUCAAGAGAAAGCAGCAGCCUGGGCAGACAGAUAACGAGGCCAGCCCCACCCCCACACCACUGGCCUACCUGCCGAAGGACUACAGUCUGGAUGAUGAAACUGUGCUGGAUAAGAUCAAUUUAGCGGAGCCAGAUCAGUAUGAGGUGCCUGACCUCAGCGCCGAGGAGCAGGCCAUCAUCCUGGGUGUCUGCACUGACUUCCAGAAGAAUAACCCUGUCCACAAACUGACUGCAGAGGAACUCCUGGCCUUCACAUCUUGUAUUCUGUCUCAGCCUAAAUUCUGGGGUGUAGAAGUCACCGCACUUUUGCUCAGGACCAAACUGGAAAGAGGGAGCUCCCGAUGUGUUGAGAGAGCCAUGAUGCAAACCCAGGCGAUCGUAGACCACUUUGAAGAUAAGAACUGUCCUGCCGCGGAGCGCCUCAAAGUCUUCUACUGCAGCAAUGCCCCGCCCAGAUGGGCUGUCCAGAAACAGCUGGCCAGCCUGCUCACAGACCUCGGCUGCACCAGUUCAGCGCUGCUCAUUUGUGAAAAGCUGGAGCUCUGGGAGGAUGCAGUUAUCUGCUAUGAAAGGCUUGGCCAACACGGCAAGGCUGAAGAGAUCGUUCGCAGGGAGUUGGAGAAGAAGGAGACGCCCAGUCUGUACUGCCUGCUGGGAGACAUAUUGAGGGACCAUCAGUACUACGACCGGGCGUGGGAGCUGUCGGGUCAACGCAGUGCCAGAGCCAUGCGCUCCAAAGCCCUGCUGCACCUCCACAAAAAGGAGUUCCAGCAGUGCACUGACUGCUUCGAGCAGUCGCUCAAAGUCAACACACUCCAGCUCGGUGUGUGGUUUUCCCUCGGUUGUGCCUACUUUGCCCUGGAGGGCUAUGAGGGAGCUGCCAAGGCUUUCCAGAGGUGUGUGAUAAUAGAGCCAGACAACGCAGAAGCGUGGAGCAACCUUUCUACAGCCUACAUUCGCCUCCGAAAGAAAAACAAAGCCUUUCGUACCCUGCAGGAAGCCCUGAGGUGCAACUACGAACACUGGCAGAUCUGGGAGAACUUUAUUGUUGUGAGCACUGACAUCGGGCACUUUGGUGAGGCCAUCAAGGCCUACCAUCGUCUGAUGGACCUGAGGGAAAACUACAAGGACGUCCAGAUUCUCCAGAUCCUGGUAAAGGCAGUCGUUGAAAACCUGACAGACAGCCAGGGUCAGCCGGCGGAAGCUGUCCGGUCCAAACUGAAGGAGCUCCUGGGCCGGGUCAGUUCCCGCCACAGUAGUGACUCUGAGAUAUGGCGGCAGUACGCUUUGCUGUAUGGUGACGGUCGCAGCUCCAACCCAGAGGACAACGAAAAGACGCUGCAGUUCUUGUCCAAAGCCCAUCGCUGUGAAGUUCAGGCUGGUGGCUGGGAGAAAGAACCUGCUCUGUUCAAGGAGGUGAUCAACAGAGCCCUCAAUAUGGGUGAAGUGACCAUCAGUUGCAGUAAGAAGAAGAGUAACCCAACAGAAGCUCUUCAGAUGCUGUCCUCCACCCGCCUCAGUCUCAGGAGUCUGGCCACCAAAACGAAGCAAAUGCACACAGAUGUGGCUACAGGUCAGAUCCACGGCGAGCUGCAGGACAGUGUCGCCGCUCUGGAGCAGCUCAUCACAGAGCUGCAGGAGCUGAGUGCGAGGCUGCGCGAGCAGUCACAAUGAGCGUCCUCCAGAGAAACACCCCAGGCUGUGGCUCCGAAGGCUCCAUCGUAGUAAAAGCUAAUCACAGACAGACUCUUCACCUGCAAACAUCAGCCUUAUGUAUUGUUGAAAUGUGAUGACUGACAGUGACAAUAGAUCCAACUGGACAUGGAAAGCCAAAGGACUCAUUUUAUAAUCAUCAUGUUUUUAUAUCUCUGUAUCCACAUUGGAAUGUAAAACAUGAGUCUGAGGCAUCAAAUAGUAAAAUAUAUAAA